UGGCGUUAGGUUUAGUUCAAUAAAUACAAAUUUCUUGUCACAUUUAUUUUUGAAAUGUUGAGAUUAAAUUUUGGUUUGCUUAUCUUGGCGAUUGCCUGCCAAAAUAUCGAAUUACAAGCGGCAAAGUUGAGCGCAACAAGUCAGAGGCCGGAUAAUCUGUUACCCGCGGCCAAAAAUCAGAGCUGGGGCAUGCAGCUAUUUGCACCGAAGGCGUUUUUACCAACGGGGCUUACUACAAAGUUUGUGCAGCUUUUCGCACAGGACGUUGGCCAAGCGGCAAAUAAGACGGAAGAGGUCGGCGAUCCGGCACAGAAGUUGGGAGGGGCUGACGCCGGAAAAGGCAGCGGUGCGCCAGAGGAAGCUGCAGCAGUUGGCAAUGCAACAGAGAAGGCGGCAGGUGGCGAUGAGGCAGGGGAAACGGAAGGCGCCGAUGCGGCUGUAAAGGCGGCCGGCAGAUCGGGGGGAGGCGCCGGUGCGGCAGAUAAACCGGAAGUCGUCCGUGCCCGAAGCGGUGUUGUUGGCUACGCAACAAACAAGGACUCGGGCGAGGCGACCGUCUCAUUGCCGCGGUUCAUACAGGACGAAAAGGGCAACUGGGUGUACCACUAUUGGGGCGCUACCUAUGGCAAAAUCUGGCGCGAUACGCGCUUCGGCAUCAACAGAGCUCGCACAGUGCAGCGUCUGCGGAUUGACUCGUUGGCGAUUCGCAGUUAUUAUCCCACGGGCGCGCUCGAUCAGGUGUGUUUGGGUAAGACAACGGUAUAUAAUAAGCCCCGGGUGUUAGAUUAUCUGACCCCGAGAAAGUAUUGGUUUUAUAUAAAAAAUAGGCCACUCUGGGAAAGCCUCAGAAGGCAGAUUGCCAUUCAAGGCUCUUCCGAGGAGUGCCACAACCCAGACAACUAUCCAAAGUUCAGAGACUUUCAAGAGUGCCAAAUGAGGCGUAACAUGCGAAUGGAAUAUUUGAUACCGAAGUAUCCAUUACACCAAAAAAUCUGACUGCCGAUGAUUGCCAAAGUGUGCUGCGAUGAGCGUCCUGCGACGAAACGGAUGCCCGGUGUAGCCAAAUCCUUGCUGCUGGGCGACAAGAAGUCAGUUGAACAGUUCCAGGCCCACCCCCCACACAGCCUGGCCACAGUCCGAAGGAAACUAAUAUUAUCCGAAACAAACAUAACGACUACCUCCAAUUGCCCUCCGUCCAGACCAGAGCCAGGCCCUCACAGCUUUCGAUUCGUGUCCUGGCUGCGAUUGUGCGCAUUAUAUAACACAUAUAUUUACGUACACAUUGCAGAGGAGGAGGCUCGGAGAGGAGAAGGGAGUGAGUGUGGGUGGGGAUUGCCAGAAAUAUGUAUAAUUUAUGUUGUUUUAAAUCAAAGAACGUUAUGUCCAGACAAACAAGCAAUGCCCUGGGAAGAGGCAGAGAAUGUCUGAAACGGGUAUAACUGAGUGUAAGACGCUCGACUAGCAGACACCCUGUGCAUACGUACUCAGAUGUUUACAAAUAAUUGUUUGUAUUAAGAAUAAUAAAACGUAUAAAAACUU